AUGGCCGAAAUAAAGCCGUGCAAGCCAGUCGUUCUUAAUGAGCUUCUGCUUCAAAAUGUGAACACUUGGGGCAAUGUGCAGUACAAUAUACCUCUGCGGCUUUCUAGCAAUGAAACUAGAACUGCCGCCUCCAUCGCACACCGGCAUAUUCCUCCAAUACCGCAUAGCUUGGACUGUAAAAUUGAUGACCCUUUACCGGAACGGGUAACAGGAAGAGACAUGGUGGUGGAGAAGGAGUCAUACAAAACCACCACUGGAGAGUACUGUGUGAAACCGAAUCCCAACAAAGCGAUGGAGAGAUCUGACUGCGCUAUUAAUUGUCGUAGAGUCAUAUAUAUGACUGGUGUUGAGAAACGCUUACAAAGCAAAAAUAUUGUCCAACCAACCAUGUUGUCAGAAAUGAAAGAUAAUUUUAGAGGCGUAGUCAAACCUCCCACAGCACCUCCUGAUAUCAUCAUGAGAACCCCGGAAGCUGAAUAUAUUUUUGACGUUGUAGCUUCGGGCAGAAAUGAGUCGCCAGCUAUUUCCGACAGUGCUGGGGGAUACCGCAAGCUACUGGAUCCAUAUUUAUCUACCUACAGGACUUACCAUAAGCCGUUUACUAUAAAUGAACAACUCGGAAUUGGGGCGAAGGACCAGAUUACUUUAUACUCUGAAUUCAACAUCCCUAAGGUGAGAGGUUUUGGUCCACGCCGUAAACAAAUAUGGAUGCCUUUAACAGCCAAAGUGCACAGGGGCGUAUACGAUAGAAUACAUGUUAAAAAGGAGUAUAAGGAAGUAGCCGCUUGCCAUAAUCCUGUUAAUAACAUAAAAGGGGUCUUCGAGUCUGAAACUAGAAAGAAAUACAAAAUCCCAUAUGCAUCAACGUCCCUCGCGUCCUGGGACCAUGGGGAGAUGUUCGAUUUGGCUCCAUUCCCUCCCAACCCUUACCAAACCGACAUAGCACCGUUUAUGUACUGUAGUGAUUACUGUCAUAUAGCCCAGGGGACUCCGCCCUAUACAGUCAUAGACCAACUCAAGCACAAUCCUAAACCAAGAGAGAAAUGCGUGGAAAGGCUUAUAGUAUCCAGACAAUGAAUAAACUUCUUAGCCACUUUUCUUACUUUGGAAAAAUAAA